AUGACCACUGAGAACUUCACUUCAGAAACAGGGUUCGUUCUCUUAGGACUCACAUCUCAUCAAAAUCAAUGCAUUGUGCUAUUUGUGGUCUUCCUAACAAUGUACUUGCUCACAGUUUUGGGUAACCUGCUGAUCAUCAUAUUGGUACACAUUGAUGCUCAACUGCACACACCUAUGUAUUUCUUCCUCAGCCAUCUUGCAAGCCUGGACAUAGUGUAUGUCACCAGCUCUUUGCCUCAGACUUUAGUCCACCUCUUGGCUGGAAAUGGAGUCCUUUCCUUGACAAGUUGCAUGCUGCAGGGUUACAGUGGAUUGCUCACAGGCAGUACUGAAUGUUUAUUGUUGGGUGUCAUGGCUUAUGAUCGUUAUUUUGCCAUAUGCAACCCUUUGAGAUAUGUCUCUGCCAUGAACAGGAAGCACCAGCAUCUUCUUGCAACAUCCUGCUGGGUCAUAGGUGGUGUCUUCUCAAUGGUCAAUGUUAUGUGCAUCUUUCGUCAUUCCUUCUGUGGUCCCAAUCACAUUAACCAUUUUAUGUGUGAGCUGCGUUUUUUGCUAGAUCUUUCAUGUGAUGAUGUAAAACUAACCAAAGUCAUACUUAAUAGUCUAUCAGCAUUUAUGAUUCUGAUCCCUUUAUCAGUUAUCUUGUGUUCCUAUAGUUGCAUCCUGUAUGUAGUUUUUCAAAUGCAGUCAAUUGCGGGUUGUUAUAAGGUUUUAUCCACCUGUGGCUCCCAUCUUGCUGUGGUCACCUUGUUCUAUGGAACUGUCAUCUCUAUAUACAUAGCUCCCCAUUCCAGCUCAUCUCCUGAUAAGAACAAAAAGAUUGCAAUUCUGUAUCUUGUGGUCACUCCCCUGCUUAACCCCAUCAUUUACACUUUGCGGAAUAAGAAUGUCCACAGAGCUGUAAUCAAGGUGCUGAAAAGAAGGAACUUUGAAGGAAAACCAUGA